UUCUUUCUUUUUAAAAAAGUAAUCUCUUCUUCACUUUCUUUAUAAAAACAUAAAAAAUAUAUCAAUGAAGGUCCUCUCUCUUGGUUUCAUCGCAGUUGCCUUUACUGCUCUCUUGGUCGAUGCCGCUACUAUCCCUCAACGCCGAGGCCUUAUCGAUGUAAAAGAUGUCAAUGUUAAAGCUUCCUGCAUUCUCAACAAUGCUGCCAAGAACGCUCAAGUCAAGGACAUUGGAAAUGACGCAAAGGCUCAUGUCUUGAGACGCCGUGAUGCUGUUAAAGCGUCUGAUGUUCAUGUUGAUGGACACAACGAUGUUAAUGAUGCUGCCGAAAACGUCCAAGUUGGAGAAACUGCCAACCACGUCGAUGUCAAUGUUUCUAAGCGUGGUCUUAUUUCAAUCAAGGGGGUUUCAGUUGGCGUGAAAAAAGUUGGAAAUAACAUUGCCAAGAAUGCUCAAGUCAAGAAUAUUGCUAACAGACCUAAAGUCAAUGUUGCUAAGCGUGGUGGAGGUUCUGUUGCUGACGUGUCUGGUGUUAAUGUUGGUGUAAAGGAUGUUGCUAAUGAUGCUGCCAAGAAUCUCGAAAUUAAAGACAUUCUUAACGAUCUCCAUGUCCAUGUCUUAGAUCGUCGUGGAGACGGUUCUGUGGCAGAUGUUCAUAAUGUUCCUGUUAAAGUCAAUGGUGUUCUCAAAAAUACUGCUGAAAACUUGAAUGUUGAAAAUAUCCUAAAUGAUGCCGAUGUCGAUGUAGCCAGUGGUGGCGGCGACUGCGAUAAAUGUUCUGGAAAAGGUGAUCGAUGAUGGUGACGAUGACGGUGACGAUGAUGGUGACAACGAUGGUGACGAUGAUGGCGAUGACGAUGGACACGAUGGUGACAACGACGGCGACGACGAUUGCGAAUAGAGGGUUUUUAGAUAACCAUUGUGUCUUUACGAGUACUUCAAUUAUUUUAUAAAUUUUUAAAUUGGCUUCAUUUUACUUUAUAUUUUUGAUUUUUUCUUUUAAAUUAAAAGCCUUUUAUAAUAAAAAGACUG